CUUUUCACUUUGAAAAGCUGUUGCAGCGCGUUAUGCUGGCUGUGAAAAGGGCCACUAAAUUGCAAAGCACCAAUUUUUAAAUGGACAUCAGUUUUAACUACAAACCAAGCGACCGACCUGUGCAAACAACAAUAAUGGGAAUUUCAUAAUCAAUGUUGUUUUUUUUAUUAUUUUUUUUAUAAUUAUUUUUUGUACCUUACACCGAGUAAAUCACACAGUGGACAUUGUGGUCAGCGUGCGAAUUUGCGUUGUUCAUAAAUCUUCCAAGUUGGAUAAACUUUUUCCAAACACAAAAGCAGAGUAACGUGGAGACAAGGUUUAGCCGAUGGGGACGUGUAUUUGACUGUGUUUUGUGUGUAUGCAUGUCGCCCCUGCAGAUCAAACCCUGAAUAGUUGACAUGCCACCUGGGAUGGUGUGUGUGUUCUCUUCUCUUUUCUCCAUAUUGUGUUGUUGCGUGGUCACCCAGAGCUCUGCUUCUUCCAGCCAUCACCCCACUUUCUUGGCCAAUGAUACAUACUUUGAGCACCUGGCUUUGCAUCCUGACCCUAAAUUGGGUCGGGUCUAUUUAGGCGCCCGUGAUCGGCUUUAUCAGCUUUCUUUCGAUCUUCAGCUUGAGGCAGAGGAAGAGACGGGGCCUGUGAUAGACAGCCGUGACUGCCUGCCCCCAAUUAGUGACACAAACUGCCCACAGGCAAAAUGGACCAAUAACCACAACAAGCUACUACUCGUGGAUCCUUAUAGUCAGGAGCUCAUCAGUUGUGGAAGUGUUUAUCAAGGAAUAUGUCAGAAACGAAGUUUGGAUUCAGUGGGGAAAGUGCUUUUCUCUGCAGAGAGGCCUGUGGAUACGCAGUAUGUGGCGGCUAAUGACCCCAAUGUCUCUACAGUAGGACUUGUGGCGCUCACUAGAGGCCGUGGGAAACAACAGCCAGUGCUGUUUGUGGGGCGGGGUUACACCAACAGCCAACCCCCAAUAUCUACUCGAAACUUAGUUAUGGAGCCUGUUUUCUCAUAUGAAGAAACUUCAAAGUUAGCGGUGGCUGGGAGGCUUUCUGAGUAUGACCAUCAUUUUGUAACAUCAUUUACCCAUCGCUCGUAUGUCUACUUCAUGUUCUAUCGGAGGGACUUACAGUCACCGUCGAGAGAAUAUCGCACAUAUGUUUCCCGUAUGUGUUUGGAUGAUACUGCAUAUUAUUCAUAUGUAGAAGUUCCAUUAAGCUGCCGUUCAGCUGGAGGAAAGAAUUAUAACCUUCUACAAGCUCUACAUGUAGGCCUACCAAAGUUAGAUAAGGUUAUGGGGAAAGAAAGUACAGCUGCUUCGGAACAAGAGGUCCUUUUGGGGGUGUUUUCGAGCCAGUUCGCUUCUUCCAGUCGGCCAAACGAAGAGUCUGCAGUAUGUGUGUUUUCACUUGAGGAAGUGGAUAAACGUAUUGAUGCUACAAGAGAUCUGUGCUACACUGAAAUGGGUCGUGCAGAUGGACAGGAGGUUGCAUACAUCGAGUAUGAAGUCAAAUCAAACUGUGCCAAUCUUCCAACGAACACUUUGGAUGCUUACCCAUGUGGCUCUGAUCACACCCCUAGUCCAAUGGCAAGCCGGGCGCUUGUGGAAGCUGAGCCCAUAUUUGACAGUCCAUCUGUCCGUCUCACUGCUGUGGCUGUGAGUGUAAGGGAGGAACAUACUAUUGCGUUUCUAGGAGACUCCCAAGGAAACUUACACAAGGUAUUUCUUGGGCCAAACGGUGAGGUGGAAGAAUAUGCAGUAAUCUCCAUUCAUCCCAGUGCACCAAUAAGCAGAGAGCUCAGGCUUGACCAUCAAGAGAACCAUCUAUACAUCUUGACAAGUAACAUGCUAGAGAAGAGAUCUGUAGCAGAGUGUGAAAAGCAUUUGGAUUGUCAGUCCUGCCUGUUGGCUCAUGAUCCAUAUUGUGGCUGGUGUGUUCUGGAGGGGAAGUGUGGGCUUCGUAGCGAGUGUGUGCGUGGGGAUCAGAAAGAUCAGUGGCUUUGGAGCUUUGAUAUAGAGCAACAAUGCCUGAGCGUGACGUUUCUCAAUCCAUCCAACAUCAGCCGAGAGGAGAGGAGAAUUAUCUCUUUAUCCAUCCCUGGUCUUCCCAGUCUGGAGCGAGGAGAGCAUUACUCUUGUGUCUUCCAGGACAGGUCAAGUUUAGCUGUUGUCACAGAGAGUGGUGUCACUUGCUCUUCUCCACAUGUAUAUACAUUGCCAUCUGUGUCACCUAGUCAAGAUUUUUUUACAGUCACUCUGUCUCUUCGGUUCCAUGAUGUUGUUGUGACUUCUCGGGAAUUCACCUUUUAUGAUUGCACAGCAGUCAAACAGCUUGCGGGAAGCAUGCCCUGCCAUGGUUGUGUGCAGAGUCGCUGGGGAUGCAACUGGUGUGUAAACCAACAUAUGUGUACCCACAAGGCUGUGUGCGAUAAGGGACUGAUAAUCUAUAAUGAACAUUGGAAAUCUCUGCCCACCCUACCUCCUGCAACCAAAGCCUCUAGAGCUGCAUUCACAACCGCACCAGUCACAACACACAAAGUCCCUGAAACCAUGGCUCAUACUAAACCUUCGACUACUGCCACUGCAAUAACUGAAACUAUAACUACUGUACUGGAAUCAUUAACCUCUUCUGCACCUGUGAAACCAACACCAUCAACUAGGAUUUCUUCUACUUUCAAGCCGUCUGCUACGCCUACAAGUGCCUUUCUCCCCUCUUCCACAGCUGAGACCACAGUACAGCCAGCCUCCACACUCUCUCUGCUAGACGAGAUCCUCUCAGAAAAAGAGCUUCUUGUUACAGAUAUUGAAUCAGUGGCUCUGAGGGAGACAGACACUGAUGUGGUUACUCUUGCAAGUUUGGCAGUGGUUGUAAAAACUGAGUUGCCAUCAGUCAUCGAAGCUGCUGAGGAGCAAAGGAUUUCACUGCCAUCAUCAUCGGCUGAAACCAAAUUGCCACCACUAAUGGAGCCAGUCACACGUGAUAGCUUGCUUACCAGCACCCCUCACAAUUUGGCAGAAACACUGAAUUUGAUAAAUGAAACCCAAACUACAGUUUUACCUUCAAAUCCAGAACCAAACAUGUUUGAUUCUGAAACCAGUGACUUUUUGCCUGUUUCUGAGAGAGUGUCACCUGCCGUGCCUUCAGAGAAUAGGAUAAUCACUGACCGUCAAGAGGCUCAUUUGGCUCCAGAGGAAGCUGAGGUGGAUCAGGCAGAGAAUGACAACACAACAUUUUCUGCAGCUACAGUCUUAUCAGGGGAUGGAGAAUCAGACAGUGAUCCCCCAGUAUACCUCCAUUUGCGAAGUACAGACAUAGAUGCUGAUUACCAGUAUGACUCAGCAGAUUUACCGGCUGAUGAAGGCACUUUUGUCAAUUUGGGGGCAUCUGCCUGCCCAUGUGUGGAGAAGAUUCAAGGAUCCUCUCUGCUUCCUGUCCUAACUCAGAGAAAAAUCUCUCUGCUGGCCCGCAACUUGCAUCUCUAUCAGGAUAAAGAGCUGGCAUACGAGUGUGUAAUGGUGAUCGAGGGGCAAACUGUGGUGGUUGAUGCAGAUGUGACGCUGAAUGAGGCACACCCUUUGCUGUUUGACAUCACCUGUCAUGCUCACCAGUUUUUCUAUGCAGACCCAGUUAGAGAGUAUAAUGCUAUGGUGUAUGUGAAGAGAAAAGACACUUUUCAUAUUGACAGCACUGACCUUUAUGUGACGUUAUAUAACUGUUCAGUUGGGCACUUGGACUGUAGCCGCUGUCAUACUGCAGAUCAGAAGUACAACUGUGUGUGGUGUGGAGCCAGUUGUGUUUACAGAGAGUCCUGUUCCCAACACAUCGAAAUGACCUGUCCUGCUCCUCUCAUUCAUUUGGACCCGAAGCUGAUAGAAGUUUCUCCUCAGAGAGGACCAAAGGCAGGAGGAACAACUCUGACAAUCACAGGCACAAAACUUUUGACCGGUCGUGUUACUGAUAUUAGUGUCCUACUAGGGAAUGUGCCUUGUUCAUUAAUAUCAAGUGUUCAGGAGGAAACUAUCAAGUGUCUGACUGGUGCUAGUAACAGGACAGGAGAACACAGAGUGACUGUGCAGUAUGGAAACACUGAGCGACAUCUCCAUGGCAAUGGCUAUUACUAUACCCCUGACCCCAACAUUACACAUGCCAUACCCUCUAAGAGCUUUGUCGGUGGAGGGCGUGCAAUUAGCGUUUUCGGCCAGAACUUGGAUGUGGUCCAGAAGCCUCAGAUGCGAGUUACAGUGGUCCUCCCAGACUCCAUUUACCCCUUGAAGAGACGUAGACGAAGGAGAAAAAAAAGUGUAACAGAUGUGGAAAUGCAGGAAACAAACUGUACAGAAGACUGUUCUAUCAUACAGUUUGAGGAGGAUUGCGAGGUGAAAACCUCUUCUCUGUUGUUGUGUCGGACUCCUGGUUUAGAUGCUAAGGUAGUUGGUGGCCGUAUGCUGGUUGAGUUUCUGUUGGAUAAUUUGCGCUUUGACUUUAACUCUGUCAGCCAAUCACCUUUCAUCUAUGAACCAAACCCAAUUCUGCACCCACUGAACCAUCGUGAUCCCACAAAACCAUAUCGUUACAAACCUGGAUCAGUUAUAUCAGUGGAGGGUGAGAAUUUAGACUUGGCCAUCUUUAAAGAGGAAGUAGUAGCACUGAUUGGUGAAGGAGUUUGUACUGUUAAAACUUUGACACAUAAUCACCUUUAUUGUGAGCCACCACCCCAGCAGCCCCCUCUUUCCCUUAGGCACGGGCGCAAGCGAGAGGGAGCUGAGGCCUUUCCAGAAUUUAUAGUUCAUAUGGGAAACUUGAACUUUUCACUGGGACAAGUGCAGUAUGAUUCUCCUAGUCACUCUAUCUUUCCACUGGUGGCGCAGAUUGGUGUUGGAGUGGUGGCUUCUCUUGUUGCUCUUAUUGUGCUUAUCAUUGUGUUUAUAUACAGGAGAAAGAGUAAACAGGCUCUGAGAGAUUAUAAGAAGGUUCAGAUCCAGUUGGAGAAUCUAGAGACCAGUGUGAGAGACCGUUGCAAAAAAGAGUUUACAGAUCUGAUGACUGAAAUGAUGGAUAUGACAAGUGAUCUGGUUGGAUCAGGGAUUCCUUUCUUGGAGUACCGCAUGUAUGCUGAACGCAUCUUUUUCCCUGGGCACCGUGAGUCGCCACUUCGCAGAGACCUGGAUGUGCAGGAGUGUCGACGGGCCACGGUGGAGCAAGGACUCAUUCAGUUAUCUAAUCUCCUAAACAGCAAACUCUUCCUCACAAAGUUUAUCCACACUCUUGAGAGCCAGAGGACAUUUUCACCUAGAGACAGAGGAUAUGUGGCCUCUUUGCUCACUGUGGCUCUUCACAGUAAACUAGAGUACUUCACUGACAUACUCAAAACACUGUUGAACGAUCUGGUGGAACAGUAUAUUGCCAAGAACCCAAAACUCAUGCUCCGGAGAACAGAGACGGUAGUUGAAAAGCUCCUGACAAACUGGAUAUCCAUCUGCCUCUAUGCUUUCUUAAGGCAUUCAGCUGGUGAGUCUCUGUACAUGCUCUUCAGAGCAAUUAAACACCAAGUGGAUAAAGGACCUGUGGAUGCAGUGACUGGCAAAGCCAAAUACACCUUAAAUGAUAACCGUUUGCUGAGAGAGGAUCUGGAAUACCGCACUCUGACAUUGAAUGUCUUGAUGCAAGGAAUAGGUGUGAAUGAGGCUCAGCCAGUUGCUGCCAAAGUUUUAGACUGUGACACUAUAACCCAGGUGAAGGAGAAGAUACUAGACCAGGUGUACAAGGGCACCUCAUACUCUCAUAGACCACAUGCUGACUCUGUGGACCUGGAAUGGCGGUCUGGUGUAGCAGGUCACCUAAUCCUCUCAGAUGAAGAUCUAACAUCUGUGGUUCAUGGCAACUGGAAACGCCUGAACACGCUCCAGCAUUAUAAGGUUCCAGAUGGAGCAAAUGUAGCUUUGGUGCUGCGCCAAAGCAAACAUAUUCAUCAUGAUACCCAUGAUUACUUUGCAGGGGAGAAGACGCCCAUGCUAGAGGAUGCAGAUGAGGGAGGAGUGAGACUGUGGCAUCUAGUGAAGGCCAGUGAGGAGCCAGAGUUACCCAAACACAGACGAGGCAGUUUAAAAGAACGAGAAAGAGCCAAGACAAUACCAGAGAUCUAUCUCACGCGGCUACUGUCAAUGAAGGGUACACUGCAGAAGUUUGUGGAUGAUCUGUUCACAGUUAUUCUAAGCACUAGUCAACCGGUUCCUCUGGCAAUCAAAUAUUUCUUUGACUUGCUUGAUGAUCAGGCAGUGCGCCAUGGCAUUUCAGACUCUGAAACUAUUCACAUCUGGAAAACUAACAGUUUGCCUCUGCGGUUCUGGAUCAACAUUGUAAAGAACCCUCAGUUCAUCUUCGAUGUGCAGGUGUCAGAUAAUGUGGACGCGGUUCUGUCAGUUAUUGCUCAAACAUUCAUGGACUCCUGCACUACCACAGAGCAUAAACUUGGAAGGGAUUCACCUAUUAAUAAGUUGCUGUAUGCCAGAGAUAUCCCUCGCUAUAAACAGAUGGUUGAACGAUAUUAUGCAGACAUCAAGCAGACCAUCUCUGCCAGCGAUCAGGAGAUGAACUCUGCUCUUGCGGAGCUCUCCAGGAAUUACUCUGGAGAAUUAAAUUACCUGGUGGCCCUGCAUGAGCUCUAUAAGUACAUCAACAAAUACUACGACCAGAUUAUCACUGCCUUAGAGGAAGACACCACCGCACAGAAGAUGCAGCUUGGCUACCGGCUUCAACAGAUCGCUGCAGCUGUAGAAAAUAAAGUGACAGACUUGUGAUCAUGGACAAAGUAAAGUGAAAGUAAUAAGUGUGAAGACACUGAUGGGUGGCUGUAUGAACACAUGGUACAGGUACUUUAGGUACAGUAUCAAUUGCAACGCUACCAUGUGAAGCAAGUAUACACAAAGAUCGUGUUCCGUUUAGCUGUAUUAAAUUGGACUCUACUAACGAAGAUAAAUUAAGACCCACAGUGUAAUGUGAUGUGUUGGUUUAGAAGGGUGGAGCCUUUAACUUGAAUAUGGUCUUGGAUUUUUUUUUUUUUUUUAAUAUAUAUAUGGAAUAUGGUUAUUCCCAUUUCAGUCCUUUUCAUUUUAAAAAGCCUGGAUGCCUUGUUGAGUUCAUGAAUACAUUAUACUCCCAGUGGAGGGAUUUUUUUCUGCAGGAUUAACAUGAAAACCACAUAUACAUGCUCAAACUCUUGCUUGGUCAUGCCCUUACAACAGAACACCAUUAGAUGUUCUGUACUCUGUCUACCUCCUCGCUUUGUAUCUACCAAUGUGUUUAUGUCAAAAUUUCUUGUGGCUGUAGUAAUUUUGUAACAUUUGGUUGUAACAUUUGAAUGUGAUUCAGCAUUUGCAAAGUUGGUAAAACUGUCAAAGCAAAAACAUACCACGACUGACUGAAGUAAAAUGUUAUAGAACAUUUUCAGCUCAUUAGGAUAUUGUAAAUUGUCAUAAUGUUCAGUAAGUGUCACUGGAAAGUACAGUAUGAAAGAGUCUAUGUUUUGUUAACUUUUUAAAAUGUAUAAAUCUUGACUAGUAAGACCAAGUCUAGCAGACUUGUUACAUAAAGUGUCAUUGUUUCAACUAGUCAGGUCAAAUAAUGUUUAGCCAAUGUUUUUUUUAAUUUUUUUAUUAAUUUUAAUCUUCUUUAAGCCUUUUUUUAUUUCAGGUGCCAACAUAGGAUUGAAUGAAUUAAUCAUCUCUUACCACAUCCUCUAACAUUUCAUCAGUAUGGAAUUUUAAAGACUGACACUUUUAUGUAGGUAAAUUUAAAGGAUAGAAAUCUCUAGCCUUCAUGUGAGAAAAUAUGAUCUGUAUUGUAUGUAAAGUUGUGCUCAAAUAUAUUAGUGCUGGUCCACUGUAUAGGUAAAUAGACCACUCACUUGCAAUUAAUUUCUUUUGAUCAAACACUGAAUUAUCACAAAAAUGUGAGAUAAAUAGAAAUUGUCAGAGAAAAGAUGUGACCGUGUCAUAUUUACUAAUAUUUUAGUGUAGUACAAUGUAAAUAAUGACUGAAUUGUUACGUAGCUUCUUAGCAAAUUCAAAAAGAGUAAAUUAUUAUAAGACUUAUAAACUGUUCUUUAAAAGAGGUUUAACAAUCAGCUUACAAGUUUAAUGUUAAGCUGUUCUAUAGGUUUUUGGUUCUGAAUGUAUGUGAAUUAUGGGAAUACAAAUGAACGAUUACUUGAUACAGUGUCUUUUCCAUAACAUCACAUGAAAACUAAAGUGAUUGUGUUGGGCGUUCAAGGUGAACUUGAUGGCAUCAGUUUAAUAAUUAGGAUAAAUAAAGUUUAAAUUUG